GAAUUUUUUUCCAGCCCCCAACCUCCUUAGAUACCCAGCGCAACCCAAAGUGUAUAUUCAUCAAUAUUCCGAGAUUUAGUAUCUCGAACGCAAGUGCCAACUUCUUAGGUCUGAAAAAGACUUAAAAACGCAUACUAGACAAAGACCAGGCAUUAGAAUGGAAGCUAAUGCUCUAGUUAUGGAUGAGAGGUCGGAUUCGAACCCUGAUAAUACCGACUCCGAUUGGGAAAUUAUUAAAAGCGACGUACCUCGACAUUCGGGUCUAGCAGCUUUAGCAACCCUCAUACAGAAAACCCCCAGCACGCGGGUUUUUCGAAGACCCCAAGACAUCUCACUUAACUCACCAAACUACCAAUCAAGAUAUUCUACUCAAGUCAAGGAAAACGUCGCUCCAUUAGCCGGAAGCCCAGACGGGGCAGUGAUUGAUGCCAGACGGUCUGCCGCUAAAAGCGCCAAUCAGGGACAGAUUGGGCGGCGACAAGCAGUUCCCCGUAUCCCCAACAACUCAGAUGUUGCCCAUGAUGGGAUCAAAUAUCCCUCGCUAUCAGCAACCAAAAGCUUGCCCGAGUCCAACUUGGCGUCUGAUAACCAAAGGCGAGAGAAUCCAGAAAACCCAACGAGUAACUCAACGCAAGUUGAAAACACAGCGGAGCCCAUCGAUGGAACACAACAUAGAAACGGCCAGGAACAGGAAAAUCACAGAAAUAAAGGGAAACCAAGGAGUAAUGCCCUGUCUUCGGUACAAGUCCCUUUGAGUAAAUUAGAGAGAGCAAGGAAAUUGACAUUUGCGACAUCGGAUACAUUCACAGCCGAGAAAAUAGAAGCAAACUCGGAUGAGAAGGAGCGACUUCGUGAAUUCAUGAACUUUCUCACUCCUUCGAAGAACCAACACGCAUUAUUCAAGAGGCAAUUGCCAUUAUUUGCUGUUACCCUAGUAUCCAUCAACACUCGCCACGCGUCUAGACACGUUCUCCCGCCGGGUACAGCCCGUACAUAUAUAUGUAUACACGGUUCUCUCAGUGAUGCAGAUGUUUCAGAAGUCCACGCAGUCCUGUCUACGAAGAAAAACCGGCAGCGGUACUCUCCCUGGAGACUCUGCUUUAAUCAGAUUACCAUAACCCCGGCCGCGGCUUCAUCUUCAUCAGAGGAUGGCUACUACCGGGCUAACAUAAAUUCGAAAAUACAGACGCUCUGUGGUGCCCAGUUGCAAAUUAUUGAGCCCCAACUAAGCUGGUUAUCAACUAUUGGGGGUCUAGUUGAAAUUGAUGGGAGGUACUUCGCAAUCACAACCUCACACAAGCCAGGGAAACCCUCAGACACAGAUCAUGACUCGCUUAUUCUAGACACUUUGCAUACGGAAACCCUCAGUGAUGUUGAUUUUGACGAUGACGUAGACUCCGCGAUUAUAAUACGAGAUGGCUCAAAUGCUGAGACAGCCAGGAUAGAUUACAGUAACUCCGAAAAUAAUAAGGUUCAUUUCAACACUACUAAACAGCUACGAUAUUCCGAGAAAUCGCCGUCACAAGAAGAGCAAGUGGGCCCUUCAGGUCCUCAGACCUCAUGGUGCGAUAUCAAGACUUCGGCACCUACGUUGAGUGGCGUUGAGUGGCAUUUAAUCCCGGUGAAGGAACAAUACCAAUUCCCCAAUAUAUUAAUUGGGCCCAAUAUAACGGCGAAAGAAAAUAACCAUGAAUCGGCCAAGCCGAACCCCCGAUAUGCUUUAAAGUAUUCAUCAUGUCUCGUAGAAGCGGAUGUAUAUGUAAAAUCUGGAAGGAGUGGUUUACUAAAAGGAAAUUUGCUACCGAGUCCAUCGUUUUUCGCGAUUCCAGGGCACGAAACCGCUUUGGAAGUUUGGAUCGCGAACCUUGAGGAUUCGAAAAGUAUGUUGCCGUGGGUUGAGGUUAAUCGUCUGCAGACAUACUUAGACAUUCUGGUGCGUUAGUGCUAAUGCGUGGCAGAUUUGCAGGUGGGAGAUUCAGGAUCCUGGGUCUUUGACCGCCGUGACGGCACUAUAUUUGGUUCAAUCAUAGCGAUCUCUCCUGGCUUCGGCUACUUGAUCCCACUCUGUACUCAGUUUGAUGAUAUUCAAAAUGGUAGAUUCAAAACGAGACCAACUCUUCCAAAUCCAGACGUCGUUUAUUCACGACUUGCUCAUUACCACAGAGUAAAUAAUCCC